UCCUUUGUUGAUUUUGGCAGAUUUUAAAAUAUUUGUGAUAUUCGUGUUUUGAUUUUGUUAACCCGGCUCAAGCUACGAGCUAGUUCAGGAGCUACGCUGGAAAACUAACCUCCAUUCCUUCGGGACAUUCACCGGCGUAAGCCCAAUGCUGUUGUAUGGCAUCCAUGUUAACUACUAACUAUUUUAACUAUUCUUAAAAUUUUUUUGGAACAUACAUACUCCAUUAGUAAUCAAGUAAUAGAAAUUUCUUCAUACAAGAAAUUUUUAAAAGCAUUUGUAAUUAUGUCCAAGGGAAUGUAAAUAGAUACAUUUCAACUGAAAAUGUUGCCAGUAAAUAGUUCAGAAGUGACCUCAUCACCUUCUGCUCAAGGAGGUGAAGUUUCUGAGAUGGAUAUAAUUACUAAUUACAAGUCACAAAACCUUUUUGACAGUUUGAAAAAACUGAAAGCUGUAGAAGCAGAGUCAAAAGGAAAAGAAGAAAUUUUAAAUCUUGCUGAUGAACCAAAAUUACCUGAAUUGAAUAACUUGACUGAGCAGGAUAAAUAUCUGGAGAUGUUGAAAAAGAUAGAUUCCUACCAAAGUCGUCUUGAAGAACGUCUAAAAGCUGCUGACAAUGAACUCAAAGCUAGGAAGAAUGUUGUAAAAGAUUUAGAAGACAGUUGUGUUUUUUAUAAUGCUCAGUAUAAAGAUGUUAAGAAAGUUGCCAAUGCAUAUAUGGCAUAUGGAAGAAGACUAAAGAACGUGGAAAGUAAAUUAUCUGAAAAGAUGUUGUUAUUUUCGUCUCAAGGUGAAAACAGUUCUACAUGUUUUUCUGAAAGGAAUUCAUGUGCAUCACCAGUUAUUGAUACUUCUUCCUUUGACCAUGAUAAUGCAAGUGUGUCUGGAACAUCUUCAAAAAUAUCACCUGGUUCAAUCAAAGGGAAAAGACAAGACACAAUGCUUAGUUCUGACAAGUUAGAAAACCACACUUCAUCCUGGAGAAAAAUUUCCAAAAAUUCUGUGUCAGAUUCUACUAAAAGGUAUGGAAAGGAAUUGGAAAAGACUGUGCAGAAAAGACUAAAACCAUCUCCUAAACCAAAAUUCAGCAAAUUAGCAGAAAUAUUUGCAGAAACAAAACCAGCUUCUGAAAGACAAAUGAAUCCUGAAUCAACCCUUACUAGAACAUCUGAUCUGAAAUGUUUAAGUAUUCCAAAUAUGCAAAAUGAGACCAUUGCAGAUUUACAGAUAACAGCUGAUGAGCAAAAUAAAGUACCACAAAAUAUAAAUCUCAUUUCUGCAGAAAAAUCUUCUAAUCAGGAGACAAGCAUGUUAGAUCCCUUAAAUGAAAAUGAAAAAACAGAAAAUGAUAACGAAAUAGAAUUUUUACUGGAAGAGUCUUACGAUACGAAGAAGGCUAAAUCAAAUAUCGGUGUUGAAAGAAGGAUGGGACUUCCCCUUCUGUCCAAAGGGAGAAAUAUUUGCACGAAUGCUCAUGAAGAAAAACAUUCAAACAGCAAUCAACCUUCGAAUAUUUGUGUGGAAGGGGAAAACAAAUCUUCAGAAGACACUACAGAGGAAGAAAUGCUAAACUGAACAAUCCUAGUGACACUAGAAUUUAUCAGAACGAAAUUAUUAUAUUUACCGUUUCAAAAGUAUUAGUAACUUUGUUGUCACCAAAUUCUAAAAAGGUUGAAAUGCUUGAUGUUAUUUCUAUUUUGAAGAAUGUAAAAUCUGGUGUGUAAAGAAGUUCAUCUUAUGAAGAAAUAGUUCAAAAUGUUAUAAUAUCAUUGUGCAUUCUUCUAAAGUAAUAAAAUGUGUAAAGAAAUUGUCAUCUGAAAUAAUGGAAUCGAUACCAGAGAUUCUCUGUCAAUUAAUACUGAAAUUUCUAGAAAAAAUAAUUAAAAUAAUACAACUAUUAUCCUUGUGUUUAAUUCAGAAAGUAAUUUUUCACAGCAAACUCCACCAAACUUUGAUUCUUCAUUAUUUUCUUCCAUAUCGUGGAUAUCUACUGAAUUUCUGAGAAACUUUUCUUGGGAAAAAUAAAAGCAUUCCAUCUCAGAAUGAUGAAGAUAAUUAUGUGACUGAUAUAUCAGCAAUAAAAAAUUCCAUUGAAGCUGGAAAACUUUCAGAAAGUGUAGAUUCUGAGAAUAUUAACACUCCAACCCUGAAUUCCAAAGAUUCAGGUCAGUCAAACAUUAGUGAUCAAGAGAUUCCAUUCUUUGGUACUGAAUUUGGAAAUCUAGAUGGCAAAGACAAAAAAUGAGCUCGCUAAUUUCAGAUGUUCAGUUAGAAACUUGGAAGGCAGAUGAUAAGCCUAAUUUAUUACAAACAAAAAUUUUUAGAGGGCAUCUGUAAUAAGUCUUUUCGUUUCUGAUUGUAAAAAUGUAUUUGAGGUCGCACCUGCAUCUUUUGAAGAUUGCCUGAAUACUUACCUUGCACUUAGAUCUUUUUUGGUAAAAAAUAUGCAAAUGUCUAGCCCUUCAAGUUUCCCUAUACACCCUCCAAAAAACCCCUCAAAAUCUGUCUUUUCUUCUGUAGUUUAUAGUCAAGAUAAUUUAGAAGUCAUGGACAUGGAAUGUGAUUCAGAAUGGAGAAGCUAUAUAAGCUUGGGAAAACCAGUAUAUGAAGAACUGCACGUUUGUAAAUAAUUAUAGAAUGUGAUUAUUUCAGUUAAAUGAGACUGAAAUAACAUUUCAGAAAAGUGUAAUUUAAAGUAAAACUUUUUAUAUGCUAGUACUUAAUGCGGAUGAGAAAGAAAGAAAUGAUCUUGGAAAAUGUACAUAUGACGAUGUAUUUGACCCUUUAACUUUUCAGCUCAAGGAACACAAACUUGUUAAGAUAUCCGUAUCCCAUACACAGAUAGAAAUGUUGCCCAGAAUUACUUAAAUUCUUGAAAUUUUAAUAAUUAAAUGAAUAAUAAAAUUAAUAAUAUAAUUUUCAUAAGAUAAAUUAUAUUACUAUUUUUAUUAACAAAUUGUACUUAAUUUUUAAUUAAAAUACUAUUAAUUAACAAUUUUCUCAAAAAUAUGUUAUAUUCUGUUCCUGUACUUUUGAUUAAGAAAUUUUUUUUUAUGCUGUAAUUUGUUUUAAAUGUAGAAAUUUUUUUUAUUCGUACUACUGUUUUCAGUAUUUUGGCGAAGACAUGCAAGACUUUUAAUUUUUAUUUCAUGGUUUGUGAAUUUGUUUAAGUGCUUUUAUAAAGUUUACACAUGACUUUGCUUUGAUAAAUCUUAAGUUUCAGAUAUUAAGCUAAUGUGGAUGCUUGGGAGAACACUGCACUCUUAACUAAAAUGUUGCAGGUUCGAACCUUGUCAUUUUACUUUUGGCUCUCUCUACAGAAUCUUUUUUAAUAUUAUUAUAAUUAAUAUAAUUAUAUUUAAUUCCAUAAUUUGAUAUAUAUUUCUUUUUCUAAAAAUAAGCAUCGAUAAGACUAUAUGAAGAAAGUAACACAAAUGUAAUUAUGAGAGUAUUAAGAAAGCUACUUGCUGAUUAUAGAUAUUGUUAAAAGUAAGCUUCCAAAGGCUUACUUUUAAUAACUGCAUUAUCUCAUUUCCCAACAGAGAGUAAUUUUUAGGCAACAAAAGCAAAAUACCAGCUGAAAGAAUAAGCGCAAAACUUAUAAGAGUUUAAGAGAACUUAAUGAACUGAAUGAUGUUUAUUUGUACCCUUAUUUUUAGGAAUGUGAUCUGUUAUUUUCAACUUCCUGUAUAAUAUAUUAUGUAUUGUUCAUAACAGACCCCUAAAUUUACGAAUAAACAGAAUUGAAGGACUGCAGAAAUUCUAAGAACAGGUAAUUGAUAUAUCGGGAGUGCAUGUCUUAAAAAUUUAUUUAUUAAAUAAUGUGUUAAAAAUUCUCUUCUUACAAGAAUUUUAUUUCUUUUAAAUUGUAAACAAUGCAGCAUUUUAAAAAUAAUGUACAAAAGCUAUUUAGCAAAACUUUAGAAAAUUAUAUUCAAUUAAUUUCAUAAAAAAUUGUUUUAUCUUUUACAGUGUGUUUUCUUAUGUCUCAUUUUUAAAUAAUAAGACAUGCUGUUUUAAGACUAGCUGGAAAUGAAAAGAUACAUAUUGUAAAAUAAGAAAGAAAAAUAUUGUAAAUAAAAAC